GCCACGCUGGAGAAAUGCGCCAAGUGCCGGGGGCUGAUCGCGGAACGCAUCGUCCGUGCCCUGGGCAAGGGCUACCACCCCGGCUGCUUCUCCUGCGCCGCCUGCGGCCGGGCCAUCGGCACCGAGAGCUUUGCUGUGGACGAGCGGGAUGAGGUGUACUGCGUGGCUGACUUUUACAGGAAAUACGCCGUGGUUUGCAGCGCCUGCGAGCACCCCAUCGUCCCCCGCGAGGACAAGGACACCUACAAGAUCGAGUGCCUGGGACGCAGUUUCCACGAGAGCUGCUACCGCUGCGAGAGCUGUGGGACACCCCUGUCGCCGGAGCCGACGGAGAAUGGGUGCUACCCCCUGGAUGACCACCUCCUCUGCAAGUCCUGCCACGUCCGCCGGCGGAACGAGUCAUCCUGCUAA